UUUGCAUCCAACACACGAGCAUCUUCGCAUCUUCACUGUCAUUUCCUCGCUCUUCUCUUCUCGUACCUCCUGCUCUCGACCCCAUCUAUCAGCCUCUGUGCAUCUGGGCUGCUGUUUCCGUCCCUCACCCCGCUGACCUGUUGCCGAACCCACUCUUCCAUCCACGCCUAGCACUUGGGCCUCACUCUUGGAGCAUGCUCCGAAGCCAGACCGUGCCAUGGAGAACAGUACUCCGGACCGGUCAUCGCUCCAUCUGUAGAGAUUGUAGGCGCCAGCUCUCCAAGCGCCCAGCCGUCUCUCAACUACUUCCAGCCACGUCACCUCCCUCCUACACUGGAGGGGUCUCGCUGGCUGGAUUACCAAUCCGUCAAUUUUCUUCCCACCCAGUGCGGAGAAAGGAGAAGCCCCCUGAGGACGACCCAACACAUUCAAAAGACGAUCAGGAGGCCAAGGUUAAGAAGGUUGACAAUGAAUCGGACGAGCCCUCCAGAACCCAAGAUCCCCCGACGUCCGAUAAGGUCGCUUCCAGCCCGGAUACCGCAACCCAAACCAAUGAUGCAAAGGCCACCACGGCCAGUGCCGGUGGGGGAGAUUCGUCGCCAACCUCAGGUUCGAGUCCUAGCAGUGGAGGGGAUGGCAAUAAGCGUGGCAGGAAAAACACCCAAAUCUCCAAGCCCACCAUUCCAGAGGUAUAUCCUCAAGUAAUGGCAAUCCCCAUCGCUAAAAGGCCCUUGUUCCCGGGCUUCUACAAGGCCAUAACCAUUAGAGAUCCCAACGUCGUUGCUGCCAUACAAGAGAUGAUGCGAAGAGGCCAACCAUACGUUGGAGCAUUCCUGUUCAAGGACGACACUGCAGACAAGGACAUUAUUGAAAAAGUCGACGAUGUCCACGAGGUCGGUGUCUUUGCGCAAAUCACAAGCGCCUUUCCUGUUCACGGUGACGAACAUAGCCUUACCGCAGUCCUCUACCCUCACCGUCGGAUCAAAAUGUCCUCUCUUCUACCUCCGUCGACCUCUCAACAAGGUGUCCCGAUCGCCGAUGUGCAGCCAGCAAAAGAGCACAAAGCCAAACCAGACGGAACUGAGGGUCAGGGGGACGUCGUAGCCAGCUUCGAAGAAACCUCCAAGGAGCCCUCAUCCUCGCCAGUGUCUGUCUACGAGCCCACCGCAUUCCUUCGCAAAUAUCCCGUCUCCCUUGUCAAUGUCGAGAAUCUAUCUGAACAGCCUCACGACAAGAAGAGCGAUGUUAUUCGUGCAUUGACCUCGGAGAUUGUCAAUGUCUUCAAAGAGGUAGCAAGCUUGAACCAGAUAUUCCGAGAUCAGAUCUCCGAUUUCAGUGUUUCUCAGUCUGCUGGAAACGUCAUCGAAGAGCCUGCCAAGCUUGCAGACUUUGCCGCUGCUGUUUCUGCCGGUGAAAUUGACGAGCUUCAGGAUGUCCUGCAGACGAUGAAUGUCGAAGAACGGUUACACAAAGCUCUUGUCGUGCUCAAGAAGGAGUUGAUGAAUGCCAAACUUCAAACCAAAAUCUCCAAGGACGUCGAAAGCAAAAUCCAAAAGAGGCAACGGGAGUAUUGGCUGAUGGAACAGAUGAAAGGUAUUCGGCGUGAACUCGGUCUUGAGUCCGAUGGCAAGGACAAAUUGGUCGAGAAAUUCAGGGAACGAGCACAAAAGUUGGCCAUGCCCGAAGCCGUCAAGAAGGUUUUUGACGAAGAGCUAAACAAGUUGGCGCAUCUCGAACCGGCUGCCUCGGAAUUCAACGUCACAAGAAACUAUCUCGACUGGAUCACUCAGAUACCCUGGGGCCAACGCAGCGCAGAGAACUUCGGCAUCAAGAAUGCCAUGACUGUCCUCGACGAAGAUCACUAUGGGCUCAAGGAUGUCAAAGACCGCAUUCUAGAGUUUAUCGCUGUUGGUAAGCUUCGAGGUACGGUCGAAGGGAAGAUUCUUUGCUUCGUUGGCCCGCCUGGUGUUGGCAAGACCUCUAUCGGCAAAUCAAUUGCUCGUGCAUUGAAUCGGCAGUACUAUCGCUUCAGUGUUGGAGGUCUGACCGACGUCGCCGAGAUCAAGGGCCAUCGCAGAACCUACGUCGGCGCCCUCCCCGGUCGUAUCAUUCAGGCACUCAAGAAAUGUCAGACCGAAAACCCACUCAUCUUGAUCGACGAAGUCGACAAGAUUGGUCGUGGCCAUCAGGGUGAUCCUGCGUCUGCCUUGCUUGAAUUACUCGACCCCGAACAAAACUCCAGCUUUCUCGACCACUACAUGGACGUGCCGGUUGAUCUAUCAAAGGUCCUCUUUGUCUGCACGGCUAAUAUGACAGACACAAUCCCCCGUCCUCUCCUCGAUCGAAUGGAGAUGAUUGAGCUAAGUGGAUAUGUUUCAAAUGAGAAGAAAGCCAUUGCGGAUAGAUACCUGGCCCCGCAGGCCAAGGAGCUCUCUGGGUUGAAGGACGUCGAUGUCACUCUCGACGAGUCCGCCAUCGAGGAGCUGAUCAACAAGUACUGCAGAGAAUCAGGGGUUCGGAACCUGAAGAAACAAAUCGAGAAGGUCUAUCGAAAAUCUGCACUCAAGAUAAUUCAAGACCUUGGCGAGGAAGCCUUUCCAGAGUCGGAGGCGUUGACCAAGGAAGGCGGUGCUGCGCUGGAGGAGAGCAAAAAGGACGAGACCGACGUCAAGGAUACCCCGGAGAAUAUCGAGAACCAAACCACUGAAAAACCUCGACUUGCUCUGCAAGUGCCUGACUCUGUCCACGUACACAUCACCAAGGACAAUCUCAAGGACUACGUCGGUCCUCCGGUCUUUACUGCAGACCGACUCUAUGAGACAACCCCGGCUGGGGUGGCCAUGGGUUUGGCCUGGACAAGCAUGGGGGGAGCGGCACUUUACAUUGAAUCGAUCCUCGAGUCAGCACUCUCAUCCCAGAGUCGACCUGGCUUCCAGCAGACGGGCAAUCUCAAGGCGGUCAUGAAAGAAUCAACGGCGAUUGCAUACUCAUUUGCAAAGAAUGUUCUUGCGACACGCUUUCCCAAAAACCGAUUUUUCGAUCAUGCAAAGAUUCAUCUUCAUUGUCCUGAAGGCGCAGUGCAGAAAGACGGGCCUUCGGCAGGCAUCACCAUGGCCACAUCAUUGCUGAGUUUAGCGAUGGACAAGCCGCUCAGUCCUGCAUUGGCCAUGACGGGUGAGCUGACUGUGACCGGCAAAGUGUUGAGGAUUGGUGGCUUGAGGGAAAAGACCGUAGCUGCUAGACGUGCUGGUUGCUCCAAGAUCCUGUUCCCCAAAGACAACUGGGGCGACUGGGUCGAGCUACCUGAGAACAUCAAGGAAGGUAUUGAAGGCCACGCUGUCGACUGGUACAGCGAGGUGUUUGACAUUGUCUUUCCUGAUAUCAAAAAGGACGAGGUCAACAACCGGUGGAAGUCGGUCUUGAAGGAAGACAAAAGAUCCCGCAAGAACAAGGACAAGGACGAAGAGGAGGAUGAAGAUUCCGACGACGACUGAACAUGUCGCGUUGAGGUGAUACAACCUGUCUCACAUUGGACGCUUUUUUCAUUCAACUCGUGCCCCUCUUCACUCCGUCUGGAUAUUCCAACGCCGUGAGAACAAGGAGUAAUGCCUUGGCGUCUGGGGAUGUGUGGUGUGCGGCAUUUCAAGGCACUGGACACCAGACCCUGGAUAGUAUUGGCAUUCGGAAAAGUGUGUUGGAACGAGGUUUCCACUAUCUGGAAAACGCUACAGUCUCCGCCGGGUCCAUGUGCAUAUAAGGUGCAUGACGGCGUUACAAGAAGCCAAGCGGCAUUUAUGUGAGGUGGAAGAUAGAUUAUGGUAGGAUAGUGAUGUGAUCCCCACUCUGGCUUUUCGUGGCGCGGUCGACUACAGGCUGAUGACGCUCGAAAAUCCUGUGUAAAAUAGUACCUAGCCGCAACUCUUCGGUCUUGUGCAAUGGCAAGUUUUGGUACAUGUUGUCCUUUCACAUCUGGAGCAGGGAGUUGGCAAGUCGAUUAAUCCGAAUCUUCGUCUUGACUGUCUGGCACUUCGGCUUCGCGGCGAGGGGCAGGCGACGAGGAGGUUUCCGAGGCUGAUGGCGAUGAUAUUACAGGGGCUGCAUCUUCGGAGCCCCUAAUGACAGCAUGGCGGUAUCUGCGUAGAAUAGCCGUUUCAUGAAGAUCGAGUAUCAUUUCGUUGUGAAGGUCACCAUUGUCAGUCCCACGUUCCAGGCCCAUUUGCUGAUCUGACGAGAGGGAAGGGGGAGCAAAACCAAGGGGUUGAUGAGCUUGAGCAGCUAUUGGGAUUGCGACGGAUGAAAGAUCGAGUUGAAUUCUUCCUUCUUGUCU